CAGUCAAGGCCGUAGGAUGGAGCUCGAGUUGGAAAACUAGAGGCCAAAAUACUAAAAAGAUUGAAAAGUGUUUGAACAAUAUACUCCUCCUUGAAUGGUUUAACUGCAUACGAGCGAAAAGUUUCCUCAUUGCUUUUAUGUUUCCUCGUAAUGAAGUAAGUCGGAAAAAUACUACGCAACACGUAAAAUAUCUGCACCGAAUAAUGUGUACAUACUUACAAAUUUUUUCCAAAAGUAAUGUAAAUCCUUUCCAGCCUUAACCAUCUGUGUGCCCCCUUACCCGAUUUUUAGCUAUCCCACUACUUCCAUGUUCGACAUAGUUUUCUCAUGCGCUACACAUAGUUGCGUGACACAAAGAAAUCAAACGACGUGACACGAUAAAGUUGGUAGUCUGGGGUAACCUCAUGUCACACAGUCAUAAUGCUGCUGGCGCGCUCAUGUGACAUCCCUAUGACAAGUCACCACGCUUUGAUAGCUGAUUUCACUUUUCGUUUGCAACAAUCUCAGGCACCAUGCUUUAUAUCUCGAAUGCCUCGCUCUGCUUGAUAUUCAUUGUUUUUCUUGGACUCACAAACUGCUCUCAAGCUUCGCUACGAUUUCUUCGUGGCCGACCGAAAGGUGGAAUGUUAGUUGCUCCUGCAGCAGAACACGUGAAUCAAAAGCUUCCUGAAGCACAUUGGUUUACUCAGAGGCUGGAUCACUUUGAUGACUCCAACACGAAAACUUGGCAGCAGAGGUUCUUUUAUAACGAUACCUUCCAUACAAAACCAGGUGGACCGGUUUUCGUCAUGAUCGGUGGAGAAGGAACGGCGAACCCAAUAUGGCUGACUGUGGGUGAUAUGAUGAAGAAUGCGAAGAAGUUUGGUGCUUUUACUUUCCUUUUGGAGCAUAGGUUUUACGGCGAGAGUCACCCAACAAGCGAUAUGAGUGAUUCAAGCCUUAAGUAUCUAAAUAGUGAACAAGCAUUAGCUGAUUUGGCUACAUUUUGUCAAUCAAUGGCUGUAAAGUUUAACCUGACAAACAGCAAGUGGAUAUCAUUUGGUGGCUCAUACCCUGGGUCAUUAUCAGCUUGGUAUAGACUUAAGUAUCCACAUCUGGUGCAGGGAGCUGUAGCCUCAAGUGCUCCUGUCUUUGCAACAGUUAAUUUUCCACAAUAUAUGGAUGUUGUUACUGCCUCACUUGCAACAACUGGACCAGACUGUGUGAGAAAUAUUGAUAAUGCUACAAAAACAAUGCAGGCUUUACUGACCACCGAGGAAGGUGCAAAACAACUCACAGAGCUAUUUGAGCUCUGUGGACCACUUGACAAAGACAGUGUCAAUGAUGUGGCAACUUUUGCAAAUGACUUGUCGGGAAAUUUUGCUGGUGUUGUUCAAUACAACAAGGAUAACAGAGCAUUUGAGGGUGCCACCGGUACUAACAUUACAAUAAGCACAUUGUGUGGCAUCAUGAACGAUGAAGACAUUGGAGCUCCAUUGGAACGUUAUGCUAAAGUGAACUCCUUAAUGCUUCAUACUUACGGUGAACAGUGCCUUGAUUCAAGCUACAAGAACUUAAUAGCAGCUUUACAGAACACAUCAUGGAGCAGCAGUGCAUCUGAAGGAGGUCGCCAAUGGAUGUAUCAGACAUGCACAGAGUUUGGGUUUUAUCAGACUUCAGACUCUAAGAAGCAACCGUUUGGAGAUCUAUUCCCUUUGAAGUAUUCAAUUCAACAAUGCAUGGAUAUUUAUGGUGCCCAGUUUAACGAAGAGAACAUCCAAAGCGGUGUCACUCAGACAAAUACUAACUACGGAGGAUAUGGUAUUGCGUCUAGUAAGAUUGUUUUCCCGAAUGGCUCCAUCGAUCCAUGGCAUGCACUUGGUAUUAUAAAAGAUGUGUCUGCUACAGAACAGGCCGUUUUUAUUGAAGGUACAGCUCACUGCGCCAACAUGUACCCAGCUAUUCCGUCAGACCCCCCUCAGCUGGUGCAAGCCAGAGAACAAAUUCAGCGACACAUCAUGAUGUGGCUGCAAGCGGAUUCCUGAAUGAAUCCAUUCGCCACCUCAACAAAAUUCAAGUCGUUAAGACUUUAAAACUGAUUAAUAGGUAGAAGGAAAUCUUUAAAAUGUUAGAUAACAAGUCGAAGGAGCCAUCAUAGAGGUAUAAUUCGGGAAAGGGUGGUAGUAAGUGGAGGAAUGAACUUGGAAUGUAAAUGAUAACCUUGAAAAUCAUUUGAUUUUACGGACAUUUUUAAAGGCAAAUGAAUAAUGAAAUUCUCUUUUGGAAUGCUUUAUCUUGUUGGAGAGAAACGCUACUGCUGCUCUGUUUUCCCCAACAAUCAUUUGUGAUCCGAUGUAGUAGCUCUUCCAUCUGAACAACUAUAAAAAAUUGUGUUUGGAUUCACUUGCUAUUUUACAAGUACUUAGUGUUUUCAGGGACGAGGCAAUGAAGAUUAUUUUUUAAUUUGAAGUUGCUAGCCGAGUAAGAAUAAGUUGUUUUACUCCAUCUUCGAGAAAAAUACUGUUUGUAUCAGUUUUAACAUAGAUAUUGUCUGACACUUAAAACCCCUCCUGGCUCUGAAUUUCCUAACAUUGAAGUUUUUAUUUUUAUGUUUUUGAUAAAUUGUGACUAGUAAGGUAGUUUUUCGUCAGGAAUAGACUUUAGGUUGCAGGCGAUUCAAUACCUUUUUCCAUCAGCGGCUGCCGAUGGUUUAAUUGGCGGUCGGGUCGAAAGGCGUAAUUCAAACACGAGACCCUGUUCUCAGGCUCUGGUUUUUCUUCCCGUACCCCUUCUCCCUCGCUUUGUCACUCGUCCCAGAUCUUCCACCCGUCCAAUAUGGCGGCCGAAUCUUGGCCGCGGUGAAUCCACAAACUACCGCCUGCAAAUAGACUCAGGCUGAACAGACGGUGCUGAGAGAUUUUACUGGCAGCAGUGGGUCAGCGGUAACCAGCUUCUGUUGAAACCUCUGGUGGUGGUAGAGGAAAGAGUUACACAAGAUUAGUUUUGAAAGGUAAGCUUACACUUGCCAUCUACAAUUUUUCAACAGGAAGACCUAAAGUGGAUAGGAUAGGAUAGGAUAGAAUAGGAUAGAAUAGGAUAGGAUAGGAUAGGAUAGGAUAGGAUAACUAUUUAUACACGGUUUUUCCAUCAGUUCAUUUUAUUCUAUACUAGAAACCUUUCUAUCUAAUCUACAAACCUAUCUAUCUAAUCGUAUUCCUAUCUAACUACAAUAAUAAUUUGAUGAUAACAAUUCAAAUAAAAGAAAGAAAUAAAAAAUUCUGCUUUUCAUGGA